GAAGCUACUGUGCCUCCCCCUUGAGCACCUGAGCGUCGCAGCCAUGAUCAAGUUCGUGCUGAUGGUGAACAAGCAGGGCCAGACGCGCCUGGCCCAGUACUACGACUUCCUGUCCAUCCAGGAGCGCGUGGCGCUCGAGGCCGAGAUCAUCCGCAAGUGUCUGGGCCGCAACGAGACGCAGUGCUCGUUCGUGGAGUACCGCGGCUACAAGGUCAUCUACAGGAGAUACGCGUCGCUCUUCUUCAUCGUGGGCGUCAAGGACGACGACUCGGAGAACGAGCUGGGCAUCCUCGAGUUCAUCCACGCGCUGGUGGAGACCAUGGACAAGUACUUCGAGAGCGUGUGCGAGCUCGACAUCAUGUUCAACCUGGAGAAGGCGCACUUUAUCCUAGACGAGAUGGUCAUGAACGGCUACAUUGUGGAGACGAACAAGAUCUCCAUCCUCAAGCCCAUUCACCUGAUGGAGAAGGCGUCGUAG